AUGCGUGUCGAUUUUGAAUUUGUUAAUGUUUGCUAAUAUCACUAUCAUUUUCAUGUCAAAGUUGUGAUACUGCAGUUCACAUAGCUCACACUUUAUGGAACACUCGAAGGUUAGCUAUGUUAAGAGGCAUAGUUUUGAAGGCAGUUGGGGAUAUAUUUUAAAAUUGAUUCACUGAUGUCACUUUGACAUCCGAAGUAAAAAUCAAACGCGCGAAUUUAACCUUUAAUUUCGUGGAAGUCUUCAAAUAUGAAGAUCCUAGGGUUACUUGGGAAACCAGCUAUAAAGCGAAGAUAAUAAGCAUUUGCAAACCAAUGGAUGAAAACUUGGAAAUUUUCUCUAAUACUGACUUCGAUGCUAGAUUGUUCGUCUCUUAUAUUAUUGGUACUAAUAAAGUUUCAAAUGUUUUAUGUACAAUAGAUAACCGAAUAAGAGAGUUAGCUACUCUGAUUCAUCAGCAUGUUGCUGAUAAUCACGUCGAUCUGUUUAAAAGAGCCUCUGACAUUGAUAAUUUACAAAAUGUUUUGCAGGCAGUUGAAGAUAAAAUACGAAACUUGUCAAUUUCUUUAUCAAAAGUUAAAAAGAAAAUAGAUAUUCCCCAUGAAACAUUAUCCACAAAUGUAACUCAUUUCAAAAAUCUACACAUUACAUGUGCUAUUCUUCGUAAUAUAUCUCGAGUAGCAACACUAAUGAAACGAAUUCAAAGUAGGUCUAAAGAUUUAUGUCAAUGUGCAAUGUAUGUAAAUGAGUUAAACUUCAUUUUUAAUAAUAUGGAAUGGGAAGGAAUCCAUGUAUUGGAGUCCUAUAAUCGUGCAUUAGUUCAAGUUCGAGAGAGUAUGGUGUCACAAGCAUGGAGCCUAAUCAAUUCAUCUUAUGAGUUAUCUGAUCAAACUCAAUUAGCUACAGGACUACAGGUUUUCUACCAUUUAAAUAUGUUAAUGGAUGUAGUUCAUGAACUGGUGACUAAAUGGAAAUCAGAAUUUGUUUCUGUACUAUCCUCUUCCGUUGAUAUAGAUUCAUUAACUCAACGUAUGCGAACACGUCAAAAAAUUCAACAAGGAGGUUCUGGUCCAGGUAGAGCCUCAUUACCAGCAGUUGGUGGUCAAGCAGCUGCUUUUCAUGUUGCUGUAUGGACUAGCUUAGAUGGAACUAUUGAUAAAAUGGAACAACUUAUUUCUUGUAGUCGUCUACUUGGUCUAACUUUAAUGAAACAACGUGAAACACAUAUUGAUGUAUGUAUGACAAGUAUAUGUCGUUUAGAUCAAUAUAUUUCUGAAUUAUAUCCUAGUCUAGCUGAAUUACUUAUACACGAAAUGCUUAUCGACUGGCAAAAUAAUAAAAAUUCUGAAAAAUAUUCUUCAAUUUUGUUAAUUUUUGCUUCAGCGAAUUUUAAAGAAACUUUGACUCGUCAAGAAGAUAACUCCGACUCAUCAUCUAUCGACAAUUCAAUAUUUCACAAACAAAUUAACGAUAAUCGCGCAGAUAUUCGUAAUUCACUGAUUUCAAAUGAAGGAUUCCUUGGUUGGGCAUCAGAUCAACUGGCCACUAAACUUUCUGCUGUUUCCAAUCAAUCACCAGUAAUUAAAGAAUUGCUUGAAGGAGAAUAUCCGAAAUUAUUAAAAUUAAUAUUAGAUUUGGAACGUCGUGUAACCAGUACGCUUUCAAAUGAAUUAUCUAAUAAUAGUAAUUAUGAUCAAUAUACAUUAUCACCUAUUCAUCAACAAACUAUGUUGGAACAACUACCUUCAUGUUUAGUUCGAGCACUGCAUCCAUUUGAAACAGCUUAUUUAUCUCGCAGUGUAUCACGUUUAUUUGAUAGAGUAACUUUGGCUUUUUCAACAUCUACAACAGCUGGACCAGAUACAAAUGAAUUAAAUGAUAUCAUACAAACAGCUGCAAAUGAAUUAGCCUAUGUUACUGUUCAUCAUGACCUUUUAUAUAAGGUUGCUCGUAAUUUAGAUAAAUUGAUUGCUUUAUUUGCAACUAAAACUGAAACUUUAAUUUCAACGGGCGGUACUAGUGCAGUACAAUUGACAGAUUCACAAACACUUGGACAACAGAAUAAUAUACAUUUAGUCAACCUUCUCUGUCAGUUUGGAACAAAUUUACAAUUAACUGUUAAUAAACGAUUGAAUAAUCUGAAUACAAUAACAACAUCUAACAUUAAUCAUAAACAUAAUAAAUCAUCUACAUUUUUAAAUGAACCCUUUCCACUGACUACCACAAUUGAAACAACAACACCAAUCAAAAAUCCACUUCAGUUAAUCUCGGAAUCAACAGCAAAUCAUUUGAAUAAUUUGUGUCAUUCCAUUUUAAAUCCAUUUCUUCUAGCCAUUAGUAAUAAAAUAGAUGAAAUUUUAAGUUCUAUGCAUAAUGAAUAUGAUUCAUAUCAAAAUGUAUCAGUUAAUGAACUAAGCAGUAAAUCGAAGUAUCUACAAGAUUUACAGAACUUUACUGCUAGAGUUCGUCAACAAUAUUUAUCUGAUCUAUCACAACCUCCAAAAUUUAUUAAUACAACACCUAAUGUAUUCACACAAUCAGGAUGUUAUGUUUGCGGUGAAUUCGCAUUGCAAGAUGCUUUAAAACCGAUUCUUACUUUGUGUGUCAACAGUUAUCUUUGGCGAUCAACAUUAAUUCGUUCUUCAAAAGAAUCAAUACGUCUUAAACUAGCCGCUGAUUAUAAGGAUUUCGAAUUAGCUUUAAUGCCACUAUGCUCUCCAAAUUAUGGAUAUACAUUAAGUAAACUAAUUCCAGAAUCUUAUGAACAAUUAAGAGAAUUUCCUUCUAUUCUAUCUAUGGAAAAUGAACAGUUAGUUCAGAUUUAUGCAAAUGAGGAUUCAAUUCAUUCUUCGUCAAAGCAUCUACUGCCGAGUUUGGUUUGUCAACAUAUGUUUAGCAGAGCACCGGAUGAAAUUCGUUAUCCCCAUAUUAUUGCAGGUUGGUCUACAAAUUACUACGUAUCGUGGUUGGUGAAAAGGGAAAAUGAUAUGGAACGUUUAGUUCUUCUACGCAAUGGUCUUUCAGCAUAUGUCCAUGAGGUCCAACUAAGACAACAACGAGAAUAUCCACCGAUUUAUUUGCAACUGAAAGAAUUUCUGGACUACCAUAUUGGGAAUGAUCAAAAGUGAAACUUGUAUGCAUACAUAUUUUUUUAUUGUGUCUAUUUAUAUGGGAUUCGUUUCAACUAAUUUGUUAUACAUAAUUUCAUCUUAAACACUGUGAUAAAUAUUUUAAUGAAAUAAAUAUUUGAUUUGUUUA